GCGGCACUUUAUCUAAUGUCCAGCGGGAGCUGCGGUCAAGGAGGCGCGCUAUUCAACCCUGAGUGGACAUGUAAACUCAGAUUAUCUCCAUUUCCCGGAUUUAUGUCCUGUGCAUUUACUGUUUUAUCGGCGAGAUGGACGAUAGGAACUUCACUGGGUUGUCGGACGGACAGCUGCAGGCACUGUCCUCCAUCUACGUUUCCCUGCUCAGUUUAAGUUUGAUUGGAAGCUGCUCUGUUGUUGUAUUAUCCAUUGUCAGAAGAGGACAUCUAAAAGAACAGGCUAAACCGUUGUUCCAGUUGGCUCUGGCAGACUUCUUGGCUUCCCUUGUUUUAUUUGGCACUACCAUAAUGAACUUCCUGUCUUAUGAAACACUACCGUGCACUGAUGGACUGGCUUUGUCUCUGAUGUUCUAUUGCAUUUCUUUCCUUCUUGUCAUCAUUUACGCCUGUGAGUCAGCACAUUCGGCUCAAGGAUGGAGGGAAGACCAGGAGCAAGCGCACAGAAAUCAGGGCAGGAGGCGGGCAUUUGAUUUGCUCUAUGUCUUCGUUUGGCUGACACCCAUGAUGGGAUAUGUGAUCUACAUCAGAACCAUCACUCUCUCAUUAGUGUCCUAUUCUCCCGCAUCUGAUGCCUCCAAUGGUGCAGAAGAUAUAUGGUCUGAGGAUUUGUUUUGCAAUAGCUGCAUCCUCUUCCUGCACCUGCACGUGAAGGAUGGCGGUCACUGCUCUACUGUGGAUGUGGAUCAUAAUAAUUUCAUCAGGGGCUUCACCUUUGCGAGUGUGUUGUCUGUUUUAACAUGCUGCUUUUUGGUGUAUUGGAGGUUGCAGAGCUGGUACAGGCGAUAUGAGCAGGCCGGCUUGUUUACAGACUCACAGAGGUGUACAGGCAGGAUCUGGUCCUCAGCUCGCUAUAUGAUUGUUGUCAUUAUCUUCUGCUGGACUCCAGCUCUCGUUUUAAUCAGUUUCUCCUUCGCUACUCCCGAGUCGAACAGGCUGUUCCCUUUAUUUGUUGUACAGGCAGUGACAGUCUCGCUGCAGGGGUUCCUCAACAGCAUCGUGUACGGCUGGAGACGCCGCAACUUCAGAGAAGCGGUGCUUGGGGAGAGACUGCCUCUGAUGGCGUAUGCAAACAGGGCCUUCUUCGAGCAGUCACUGAGCGACGCACAGCAGUGAAGAACAAUGAGGGAAAUUUUUAAGGCUGGAUGCCUUUUCCCAUAAUUUCUAGACUGAGACUGUCACUGUGACAAUUACGUUUCAUUACGGAGGUUUGCACAUAAAGAUGUAGCAGAAUUAAGCUUGUGAUUGGAACACUGGAGCGCUUUUUGUUGUUUACUAGGUUUUUAUUAUUUUUAUUUUAUUAUUUUUGUAUUUAUUUUUGUUAAGUGUUUGUAAUAACUUUAUGAAUAAGGUUAACUUUAAACCCCUCACCUGACUGCAGAUGAAGAUGUUGAGACAUUUGAAGUGGGAAUUUAUAAUGUCCUGCUGAAUUAUCACAAUAAAGAUGACCAAACAACA